UCAAGUUAGGGUUAGGUCGUCAAGUCACGUGGUAAAAAGCGAUACAGUGUGCAUAUGGGGUAAACAGACAAGCGUUCAGACAUGUCAGCUGCAUUUGGACGACGCGUUGUUUCGCAAAUAUUUGCGAAUACUACGAAAAGAUCAUGUAUAAAACUGUCGACGUCGAAAUGGCGGAGCACAGCUGCUGUCGCUUCGGAAACCGCCGUCGCUGACGAACCUACAAAGAAUGCUAUUCCGGCUCCGGAACCCGGCCGCGUUCAGGCGGCGUUGCUGAAAAACUUCGGUGAGCCCCUCCAAAUCCAGAACAUCGAUGCACCCAAGAUAACCGACGACAAAGAGGUACUCAUCGACGUUCACUACUGCGCUCUGAAUGGUCCGGACAUGCUUUUGAGCCAGAAUUCUUACCCACACAAGCCGGACCUGCCUCAAAUACUAGGCUAUGAGAUAGUCGGCAAGCUUCGGGAGGUUGGUGAGAACGCAGCCAAGGCUGGAUACAAAGUUGGGGACAAAGUUAUCGCCCUAAAUAAACAGCGCUUUGGCGGGUUCGCUGAAACUUGCACAGCAGAAUUUGGGGACCUUUGGAAAGUUCCCAACUCGUUAAAACUGGUCGAUGCAGUGUGUUUGCUGGACGGUUAUGCCACGGCACUUAUUGGGCUCGAGAAGAGAGCCUCCUUGCAAGAAAACGACAUGGUAUUGAUUAAUGUCGGGCUUGGUGGAGUUGGUUUGGCUGCUGUUGAUCUUGCUGCAAAUGUCUUCAGAGCUCAGGUGAUUGGGGUUUGCGCAACAGAAGACAGGACCGCGCUUGUUAGAGAAAAAGGAGCAUUUGCGGCGCUCAAGUUUCACGACAAGAAUUUGAUGAAGCAAAUCGUAAAUGUUGCUGCGGAGAAGGACAUCAAGGAAAUUUUUGAUGGCGUCAGUGGUGAAAACUUCAAGAAAGUUUUGUCUUGCUUUACUGAUGUCUACAAAUCGGGUUUGGUAAAGGACCUGCUACACGACAACGAGUUUUCCGUUGUAAUACAACACUUGUCACGAGAAGGGCGAGUUAUCAUCGCUGGGCUAGCAGUCAGCAAGUACGAUACAAAUGAUGCUGCACCGACAGGGUCCUUUGGCGUGACAGGAAUAAGCCUUCACGAGUACAGAGACAAGGAUCACGAAUUUUAUCGUUCAGCCGGGGACGAGGUGCUAGAAUUUUUUGAUGAGGGACUGAUUUCACCGUCACGUUCACUUGUUGCCGGACUAUACAAAAUCAACAGCGCCAUGAAAUUCAUCUCAAAGAUGAAGGCGUCAGGAAAGGUUGUCAUCGACAUGAAGAACAAGGAAGUGUUCACGGAAACUGAUGACGAUUAAAAGUAGAGAACUUUUAUUCUCUCGGCUUUUUGUAUCCGUAUUAUAUACGCAUAAUUAGAGAUUAAAUCCCCUCAGAUUGUUUCCUAGUAAAAAAAAUAAAAAAAUAAAUAAAAAACCGAAAAUCCCAUACACCAAUUCGCGCCUUCGAUUCGUUCACAUUAUUUGUGCAAUUCGUAGAUCUUGAUUGAUCUACAGAACAAAGAAUUGAACACAAUGCCAUCGAUUAGUAGCGGAGAAUUUUAUUAGAAAACAAUCACGCAUCGGCCGUGGUAAGGAAUGAGAGUUUGAAAAUCGUGUAAAUUUUCGUAAAAAAAAUUGUCUGCUUUCACCGAUUCGUUUUGCUAUGGUGCGGAGUUGUAAUCACGCCAUGUAGUCAAGGAUCAAUUGCUUACAAUUACAGUAUCUUACUGUUGCGUUGUUAUGUAGUUCCUCGACUCUCUUACUCCACACAUACGUGUAAUUUUCGACUGUUAAAUGUAAGUAUGGAGUACCGAUUUGACCACUUGCGUAAGUUGUUCAAUUGCAAAUUUAUAUAUUAAACCCUCAAUUAGCCUCAUAUGGAGAAAAUAAAAAAUGGAAUAAUUAUAGGGCUGAAAGCAACAGCCGUAACCCCGUAUUUCGAAUCACAUAAAAAUUCGGUUCUUCUGUCAAAGGGACCAUCUUUUAGACUGUUGCGAACCAUCAGGUUCAAAAGGUUAUUUAUUUAUUCACUUUCUGAACAGAGACAGCGAACAGCUUUCGACAUAAUAGCUAUAAAUCUGUGUGGUAAUAAAAGUUACAAAACGUGCUGUCCGAUAUCUGAUAAAUUGGAAUGAAAUUGUAUGAGAGCUGUAAAGUUAAUAAAGAGAUUUAUAUUAUCAUAUUCUUUCA